AUGGUUGCUGACAGUCAAGCAUGCAUAUAUCCCGUCUUGAUGGUUCACACUGAGGCCGGUCCCACAAACCAGCCAAGGCAUCGCCCAACUAUAAAUCACGCUCGCUCCUCAAGAGUGAGAUCGUCCAUCCAUCAACUUUCCUCUAUUUUUUCGAACACGAUGAAGUCACGCGCCACCCCGCCUCGUCUGAUCCAGUGCGUGUCGCUGCACCUCCACCGUACUAGCGGCGGCGCGACGAGGUGGCGCGCGUGCACAACCACCGUGCUGGCCGUGGGCGUGCUCGCCCACGCGCUCGCAGGGGCCGGCGAAAUAAUGGCGUGGUGGCUCGGCGCCGGGAAGGGCGCGGAUGGGUUCCCGUGGACCAGCGCGAUGCUGCAGUGGCAGCGCACCGGGUUCCAUUUCCAGCCCGAGAAGAAUUUUAUGAGCGAUCCCAGCGGUCCGGUGUACUACCGUGGAUGGUACCACCUAUUCUACCAAUACAACCCGGAGGGCACCGUGGGGGCCAACAUCACGUGGGGCCACGCCGUGUCCCGGGAUCUCGUCCACUGGGGCCACCUCCCUCUCGCCAUGCUCCCUGACCGGUGGUACGACAUCAACGGCGUUUGGACCGGCUCCGCCACCAUGCUCCCCAACGGGACGCUCACAAUGCUCUACACGGGGUCCACCAAUGCCUCUACCCAGGUCCAGUGCCUCGCCGUCCCCGCAAACCCCAACGACUCCCUCCUCCGCAACUGGACAAAGCACCCUGCCAACCCCGUCCUCCUCCCGCCCCCCGGCAUCGGCGAUAAGGACUUCCGUGACCCCACCACCGCCUGGUUCCACAAGUCAGACUCCACCUGGCACAUCGCCAUCGGGUCCAAGGAUGACCACGGCCACUCCGGCAUCGCCAUCACGUACAAGACCAAAGACUUUGUUAGCUACGAGCUCAUCCCGGGAUUCUUGCAUCGUGUCGAGAGCACUGGCAUGUGGGAGUGCGUUGACUUCUACCCCGUCGGCAGCCGCGACCAAGACGCCGAGAACUCGUCGGAGGAGCUGUUGUACGUGAUGAAGGCGAGCAUGGACGACCACCGGCACGACUGCUACGCAUUGGGGAGGUACGACGCUGAGGCAAACAUAUGGACGCCGGUGGACCCUGAGGCGGACGUGGGGAUCGGGCUGAGGUACGACUGGGGAAGGUUUUUUGCGUCCAAAACGUUCUAUGAUCCGGCGAAGCGGCGGCGCGUGCUGUUGGGGUAUGUCGCCGAGGCCGACUCCGAGUUGGCCGACGUGGCCAAGGGAUGGGCUUGCCUCCAGUCGAUUCCGAGGACGGUGGCGUUGGAUGAGAAGACCCGGAUGAAUCUCCUCCAAUGGCCGGUGGAGGAGAUCGAGACCCUCCGCCUCAAUACCAUCGACCUUGGCAACAUCACCAUCGGCACCGGCUCCAUCUUCCCCCUCCCCCUCCGGCAAGCCACUCAGCUCGACAUGGAGGCCUCCUUCCGCCUAGACGCUUCCGCCAUAGCUGCCUUCAAUGAGGUCGACGUUAGCUACAACUGCAGCACCAGUGGCGGUGCCGCUAGCCGUGGCACGCUCGGCCCCUUCGGCCUCCUAGUCCUCACCACCGCCGACAGUCGCAGCGAACAAAUGGCAGUGUACUUCUACGUGUCCAAGAGCAUCGACGGCACGCUCCAGACCAGCUUCUGCCACGACGAGUCCCGCUCGUCUCGGGCCUGGGACGUGGUGAAGCGGGUGGUGGGCAGCACCGUGCCGGUGCUCCACGGUGAGGCUUUAUCUGUCAGGGUGCUCGUGGAUCAUUCGAUCGUAGAGAGCUUCGCGAUGGGCGGGAGGUCAACGGUGACGUCGCGGGUAUACCCGACGGAGGCCAUCUACGAGGCGGCGAGGGCGUAUGUUUUCAACAACGCCACCGGCUCCACUGUCACCGUCGAGAGACUCGUGGUGCACGAUAUGGACUCGGCAUUCAUCAAAUAAAGAGAACAAUAAUUUUCUGAGCCUAGUAUCACAUGAUCAUGAUAUAGUAAGGGAAAAAUCAUAUCUAUAAGUUUCCGAACUUAGUGAAAAAAAACCUGUAAAAGAUAUGCAGUCAUAUACACAUGUGAAAUUAGGUAGGAAAAUAUGAUAAUCUCGUAGAUGAGGAAAAAAUAUUGUACACCAAACUAUUGUAAGUUACAGUAAUGUAAUGUAAAAAAAGUUUUUAAGUUACAGAAGGUACAUACCGCAAAUAAUCAUAUUAUUUUACCAAGAUAUUUUUUUC